UUAUAUUCUCCAAGCCAAGCCAUCCCCCUCUUUGCUGUCGUACCUUAUCCUUUUUAAUUUUUCUCCCUUGUUUCCUUUCCUCCAUGGCAUCUAAGCUUAAGCUAUUUUGGAUGCUGCCUGUUUCGUUUUUGUUACUGUCAAAUUGCUUGCACAACGGGGCCAAUGCAGCCCCUCAAGUGCCCUGCUACUUCAUUUUUGGGGACUCUUUGUCCGAUAACGGGAACAAUAAUAACCUUAAAACGUUGGCCAAAGUAAACUAUCUGCCGUACGGAAUUGACUUCCCAGAAGGACCAACAGGAAGGUUUAGCAAUGACCGGAACAUGCAGGAUGUUAUUGUUGAAUAUCUGGGUUUCCAAAAUUAUAUGCCUCCCUUCGCCAGAGCACAAGGGAGAAGCAUUCUCAAAGGUGUCAAUUAUGCGUCUGGCUCCGCAGGCAUUCGUGACGAAAGUGGAAAGCAACUGGGUGAUCGAAUACCCCUGAACGAGCAAUUAAAAAACCACAAAAUUAUAAUCUCAAGAAUUAGGCAGAUAUUGAGAAAUGAUACAUCUACAAGGAAGCUUCUAAAUCAAUGCAUUUAUUCCAUUCAAAUUGGUAGCAAUGACUACAUUAACAAUUAUUUCGUACCGGAGUUCUACAACACAAGCCGCCAAUACACUCCAGAGCAAUACGCUGCGGUGCUCGUUGAACAAUAUUCGCAUCAAAUAAAGGUUUUGUACGGCCAUGGAGCAAGGAAGUUUGCCCUGUAUGGAAUAGGGCUCAUAGGCUGCACUCCAUAUGCAAUAUCAGUGUACGGAACCAAUGGCUCACCGUGCGUAGACAAAUUAAACACUAAUGCAACUCUUUUCAAUGAGAGACUUAUGCCGCUUGUCAAGGAACUUAAUACAAAUCUAACCGAUGCCAAAUUUACCUAUCUUAACCCUUCUCCAUCUCCACAAGAUGUUUUAUCAUUCGUGACGAAUAGUACAUGCUGCGAAGUUGGGGGCGGUGGUGGAGAGCUUUGUGUUCGUAAUUCAAAGCCAUGCAGUGAUCGAAGUCGGUUCGUGUUUUGGGACGCAGUCCAUCCUACUGAUGCUUGGAAUGAGCUCUUAGCCGAAAGUGCUUACCGAACCAACUCUACUAGCGAAGCUCAUCCAUUUAACAUUCAAACACUAGCAAAACUCAAGUAGCUCAAAUUUCCAGGAGGUUUUACACGUAGAAUAAAAACUAUCAAAUGUGCUUUUUACUUUGUUUACUCCAAAACAGAAACCAAAUACUAAUAAAAGAAACAAAUGAAGUCCUUUAGUAAUAAAACAAAUGAUGCCUGCUUGUGUAAAUAGCCAUCAGCAGCUUGUGGCCUAACCACAGAGCACAGUUGUCGCAAGUGGUACCAACUUGCCUGCUUCUUUUCGGAGAAAAACAAAACAAAUCUAAUGCUAAUGAUCUGCCUGCGCGCUGUUCUCACGUGAGUCGAUCGGCGAUGUAGUGUCCAGCCCAGGCUUUGCUUGCCCUGCUGCUGAGUGUUGACUCAAUUAAUUGAUGGCCCAGUCGUCAAGCUCUGCCCUCACCCAAUAAUCCAGGGGACAACCUCCUCACCUUCUCAUUCUACACCUAUCACUAAAUUAAUCCGUCUCUGUCACCGUUUCCUCUGGGCCCCAAUUUCACCUUAGUCUAGAGAUUGGAGUA